CCUUCCUUCUAGCAAACAACCCAGAGAUCAGUCACAGCACUUUCAUAGCUAUUGUAGCUAGCAAUUCCUCAGUCAUUGAGACUGUCCUUUCCCUUUCCUCUGUUCCUGCUGUUCUGUGUUCUCCAGAGUGUCAGUAGCAUCCUGCUACAUGACAAAGAGAUGGCCCAGUCUUCCCCAGGACCAAUGCCUCGCCAUUCCGGAUGCCCACCACGAUCUGCUCAUUGCACUUUCGGGGCGCUCUGACUGACUCCGUGAGAUGGGCAACAGGGACUUUGUUAGGUCCAGCACCAGUGCUCAGACCACUAAAUCUGUACAAGGUAGAAUACCUCCACUUUCAUCGAGGAUGAUGUGUCAGAGAAACUCCGGAGAAAAGAAUUGACGGCGCAUGUAUCGGCACAAAACUUCCGUGGCACAGCGCCAUGCAGAAAUUGGGCUUGAAAAGUUUGCCCUGGACUCAUCUUAUCGCUGGUCGGCAUUGUCAGUCUCUUCCGACGGUUUCCUUGGCAAAUCACUAGUUCUCCCUCUCGAGCCUGAUCGUGAGAGAAGAAUGGUGAAGUGACAGUGUUAGCUCCCAGCCAAGCGAGGUUCUACAGCAUUGAAAGGAGACACAAUCACAUUCCGGGAUUCGGUGCUCGGGAUUCGGUAUUCAGAAAGAUGGGUGUGCCGUCUUACCCCGGAGUUUUAUACCCCACAGCCUCCCACAUUCAUGGAUAUGUAUCUUGACCGGGGAUGAAGAAGAUAUAUGCGGGGUCGAAGAAGGUAUUAACGUGAUGAAAAGUGCGGCCGUCACUUCUUAUGUUCAGAGAACUGAGUAUGGAAUCAGCGCUUUCAUGCUGAGGCAGUCUCGCCGACCACCCACUGACGGGGGGUUUCCCCGGACGACCGGGGUCACCGAAUGUUGUUGUUUGACCACGUCUUCCAUGCUCGGCUUCAACUAUUGAAAAUAUUUUUCUGGGCCGUGGGACUAGGAAUGAGGGGCAUGACGGGGCUAGGAAUGAGGGGCAUGGUGGAAGAAAAUGGAUAAAGAGCCGCAUCUAAACCCUCAAUUGACGAAAUGUCGCUCAGGAAGGAGAACUGGCCACCUAGAGGUAUUAUGUUGAACAUGGUACGACUCUCUUUGAGGACAUUUCUGGUAUCUCUGGCCAUUGCGCUGGUCACCGGGCAUACUACGCCCUCAAAGCGAUCAAAUGUCAUCCUCGUCAUUACUGAUGACCAGGAUCUCCACCUAAACUCUCUGGAAUACAUGCCUAUCACCUUGAAACACUUUCGUCAGGGAGGAACCGAGUUCCGAAAGCACUAUUGCACGAUUGCAGUAUGCUGCCCCUCGCGAGUUAGCCUCCUGACGGGCAAAAUGGCACACAACACGAAUGUGACUGAUGUGUCACCUCCGUAUGGGGGAUAUCCAAAGUUUCUCGAGCAGGGCCUGAACGAGAACUAUCUUCCUGUUUGGCUUCAGGAAGCUGGCUACAACACUUACUAUACUGGUAAACUGAUGAAUGCGCACUCGCUUGUGACUUAUAACGAUCCCUACCCUGCUGGGUGGAACAGAACUGGAUUUCUGAUCGAUCCUGGGACAUACAACUACUACAAUGCAUGCUGGCAGUCGGACCAAAACCCUCCAGUCUGGCGAGCAGGUGAGUAUAAUACGGACAUUGUCUCUGAUGCAGCGAUGGAGUUUCUCGACGAGGCUUCAAAAAGUGAUCGACCCUUCUUUCUUGGAGUCGCUCCAAUUGCUCCUCACACUGAGGUAGAAUUCCUGGACGAUGGAAAUGUGAAAUUCAUUCCUCCAAUCCCCGCCAAAAGACACGAGGGUUUGUUUCUAGACGCCAAAAUCCCGAGAGGACCUAGCUUCAACCCUGAAGAACCUCAAGGAGUCAAUUGGAUCCAACAGCUACCUCGGGCGAAUGAAACCGAGGUCGAGGCCAACGAUGACUUCUACCGAGCGAGACUUCAGUCUCUGCAAGCAGUUGACGAGCUCGUUGGUGCUCUGGUGGAGAAGGUUGAGCAACUUGGUCUCGAUGAUACCUAUAUAAUCUAUACCACGGAUAAUGGGUUUCAUAUGGGCCAGCAUCGUUUACAACCAGGGAAGACAUGUGCCUACGAAGAAGACGUUAAUGUUCCAUUCUUAGUUAGAGGUCCGGACGUCCCUAAGAACCAUGUCGUCGAUUUUGCAACGUCGCAUACCGAUAUCGCAGCUACAAUAUUCGACCUGUUAAAUAUUCCACUACGGGAUGACUUUGACGGUGUUCCUAUACCGUUGACAUUAUCAGCGAUGGAAAAGGCUGCACUAUCACCUGCCCAUGGCCAUGUCACUAUCGAAUUCUGGGGCGUUGGUGUGGGCGAAGGGUUAUUCUCUAUCGGCGGUCCCGGGGGUAGUAUCGAUUGGUGGGCAAACAACACCUAUAAAGGCCUGAGGCUCGUCAGCCCACAGUAUGAUCUUCUUUACACUGUGUGGUGUAAUAAUGUGCACGAACUCUAUGACAUGAAGGUCGACCCUUACCAGACAAAGAACAUGUACUACGGCAGUGGCAAGAUCUCCGGCUACUCAAUAGAACAAGUGACCUCGCGACUCGACGCGCUAUUGAUGGUGACUAAGUCCUGUAAAGGUGAAGAUUGCACGAAUCCAUGGCGGGUGCUGCAUCCUUGCGGACGAGUGCAUAAUCUUGCACAGGCUCUUGCGCCGGAACUGGAUUUAUUUUAUGCCUCGCAACCUAAGAUCAGCUUCACCAAGUGCGAGCUAGGGUAUAUCAUAGACUCUGAAGGCCCUAUGGAAGUACUUCCCUUCCAUAUUGGUGAUUAGAGGAUUAGACUGCCAGCGCAAUCUGGGUCAAGGCGAAUUCAAUUAAACGCCAGCAUCGUAUUUCCCGCCAGUGGCUGCAUCUUUAACAAGACCAAGAUUCCUCAAAAGUCCAGCAGGACACUUGUAUACGUCCUCAUGUUACUAGGCUUCUCUUUAAUAUAUCUUCUAGAUCAGCACCACAGGCUAAUCACAAUCGACGUUAA